AAUAGUGAAAGUGAAAGUAAAAAUCUGGUGCCGUCUUUUCUGCUGAGCCCGUCGCCACAUUCGGUUUUACAUUAAAAUAACACCAAUAGAAGUUGUGGAUUUAAAAAAAAAAAAUCGACCACACAUCUACUAAAGCUGCUCUCUUAUCUCUGCCUCAAAGGACCCAGUUUGAAUAAGUAUAUCACGCCUAGGAUCAACACUACAAUGGGUGCGUUGAUUUGGCACGUGUGCGUCAUUGCUGCCCUGAGUUCAUUGAGUCGUGCUGCACCAGUUUCAAAUAGCUUUGACGUUGUCGUUGGGUCUCCUGUCUUUGCGCCCCUUGGCCCCAAAACCACCUUACCAUGCUGGCUCAACCCAUCAGAAAGUGCCGAGGCUAUGGAUAUACGUUGGUUCCGUCAAACUCACUUUGACACCCCAGUCCUGCUUUACCACGCCAAAGCCUUUGAUGAAACAACCCAAGAUAGCUCAUACACAGGCCGAGUGUCAUUUGGCUUGAAGGAUGCAGAGUCUGGUGGGCUGAAAACGGGCGAUGUGAGCCUGGAGCUGGCAACUGUGACGCUUCAGGAUUCAGGAAAUUACACUUGUUACGUCAGCAGUGACCGGAUCUAUGACAGUUCAAGUAUCAGUCUCAUUGUGACCAAAACAGGAACUUCCCCUCUUCUGUCAGCUGUGUGGAAAGAAGAUAAGGUGAAUGUGAGCUGUGAGUCUGAAGGCUGGCAUCCUGAGCCCAGUCUGCACUGGUCGGAUGCACAGCAGGCUCUAACCUCGAAAAACACAAAGUACAGCACCGAUUCUUCUGGUGUUGUGUCCGUCCACAGUUGGAUUCUUGUCUCCAGCUCCUCGCAGGUUUCCUGCUCAAUCGUCCUCUCUGGUGCAGAGGCAAAGGAGGCAAGAAUGCGUCUGGAAAAGCCUCCUGCAGCUGAGUCUGGAUCCUCAGUUGGUGGCUGGGUGGUUUCCGCACUACUCUUAGCUGUAAUAGCAGUUGGAGUUGGCUGGUUCUGCUUCAAAAAGAAAGGAAAGAAAGCAAGAUCAGAAGGUGACAAUGCAGAAGAGACUGACAGACUUCUACAAAUAGGAGUGAUCCAACCAACAAAUCAUUCAACAGCCAGCAAGAAUUAUGUGAAUGUGACUCUUGAUGAUGUGGAUCCUCAAAUUCUAACAUUCAAGAAAGGUAAAUUUAGAGACGCCCCAGGCAUUGCUUCUGCUGGCCAAAAGGUCACCUGUCUCACAGCUACAAAAGGAACACCUUGCUUCUCUUCUGGACGACACUACUGGGAGGUUUCUUUGGGAAAGGAAACAGUAGGUAUCAAACAGUCCUGGUGGGUAGGGGUCACAAGUUUAACAAAAAUCCCCCGAGAUAUCUCCCCAACUGCAGCUAAUGGUUUCUGGUUCCUGUCAUCUUCUCCUGACAUAGCAGAGAGUUUUCAGUUUAAUCAUGCACCAAAUGUUUUACUUCCUGUCAAUACCCAACUUCAGACCAUUGGUGUGUAUUUGGAUUAUGAUAACGGUGAGCUUUCCUUUUAUGAUGUGACAAACAAGACUCUUAUUGGAACUCUAAGAACUAAGUUCACAAAAGAAGUAUUUCCGUUUUUUAAUCCUGGUUUAGGGGACGCAGCACCUAUGGAGAUACUACAGAGGGAAGAAGCUGGUGAGAAUAGUAGCAUGCAGAAUUCCACACCACUGUCCAAUGACGGUAGCUAGCACGAAGGCGAGGAUAAAGCUGUCCGUCAUUCAGUUUGGCUAAAUAAUCUCAAAUUCACAACUGUUCAAUGAAAGUUGUCCAAAAGUAAAUAAAAAAUUAAUAAAGAAGAGGCAUCAGAUCAAAUUUUUUAUAAUGGACGGGCUAGCUAUAGCUGCAGGAUAAACAUAAACUAAAUUAAACAGAAGAUUGAAAAUCAUUUGUUUAUCAGAGAAGAAUCAAAUACAAGGUACUCUAAACUUUAUAUACGUCAGUUAUUUCUUAGAUAUCUAAAAUGUAUUUGUAUAAUUAUAAGAAUACCACUAACGUUCUGUCAUGUUUUCAUAUUUAACAAAGUGUAUAUAGAAUGUUGUUUAUUGUUGGCAAUUAUGGUAUCUCAAACUAAAUACCAAUUCCAACCGGGAUCGACCAGAUUUCAGAAAUACCUCUUGACAAGAAUGUUUUAAAAUAUCGUUUGAUAAUAAAUAACACUUUGGAAAAUGCACAUAUGAAUACUAAACAAAAUACAAUGAUUAAUACCACUCACAUUUGGUAAUAUAUGUUGCUGAAUGUUAAUACCACUCACAUUCGCGACCAUAUGAUCAUGACUGAUUCAAAACUGGUCCUCAGCACAUCGUUUGUGUUUUGCACUACGUCAACUCAUGUCUCACUCAGUGGUAAGAAAACACCAAAACCAGGCAGGCUGUAAAUAAAAAUGGACAGCGUUGCUCCGCCUCUUCCCGUUGUACGGUUCUGAAGCCAAAAAAUCCCGCUCCCGGGCGCAGCCAUUGUGCAGCCACUGUGGCUGCAACAGUAACGAGCGCCGCCCUACAGCGUAGCGUCACAAGACGCUGUGUCCUUUGAAGUUUCCCUCUACAGCGGCUGUGAAUCAAAGCAAACCCGGAAGUAAAACCCUGUUUUUUAAACUCUAAUAACUAAUGAAAAAGAAACUUUUCAGAAAAAAGAGGCCUUGAACACAAAACAGUCAAAUAAUAACUACAUAUCACCACAGCAUACGGAUGUGAGAAACAUUCGUAAGACAUGUAUUUAUUUUUUAAAGUUUGACUGCAGCCCCAUUCAAAUGAAUGGGGGAGACAGAUUUUUUUAACCUAUACUGCAUCCAGCCACCAGGGGGCAGAAAGCUUCACUUCCAGCCGAGCGAGAUGCACCCCUGACUUAAACAUUAUCAUAGUGAAAGUUAAAAACACAAACAAACCUGAAAUGUACGCGCAGGAAGCGGGCAGAACGGCAGGACGGGAUUUGAUUGGUUUCAUAAUUUGGCUCCUGAGGGCAGGGAUUGGUUGGUGUUUUCCCAGGUUUACUCCAGCUGUAGAUAGCAGCUUUUUUUCGCUCUUUUUUUAAGAACACACUAUGUAUUUAUUGCCAUCGGGACAUAAAGAUCAUUUAAAACAGUAUAACAAAAAAUGUAUCUAAAUCUCACUACCAACCCCAGCUUUUACUGUGUUUUUUUUCCACAAUUGUGAUGUAUCAAGCUAAUCUAGCUAAUCUGACAAUGCUAGCGGUUUCUGGCGAUUGUAAAUUGUUAGGCCUAGCUUAGCUAUUUACAACACAAAGAUGACAGUGGUAUGAAUCUUCUCCACUUAAAAAAAUUGUGUUUUUUUCUUAAAACUGUGUUUUGUGUCCGUGUAACCUUGUCGCUUCAUUUGCAUUGCCAUUUGCUUCUUUGUCUACAUGAGCAGUGGUGGACAGUACAAAACUUCCUUACUUGAGUCACAGUUGAUACUGUUAGUCAGAAAGUAUCUGGAGAAUCGUCAUCUUUCUCUGCUGUGGCCAUCAUUACCACAAGCUGCCUGAUCUGCCUUUAAUUACUGUCCACCUCUGUAUAUGACCCAUCCUGACUGAUGAGUGAGUCCAACUGUCUCUGGCCACUUUAAGUCUUUCUCUCUUGUCGCUGAAAUAGCUUUACACUUUGUGUCACGUGAUCAGCUUUCAUCGUAAUGUGUGUCUGUGUGUACUGUUGAAGUAGUUUUGUAUGUAAAACAGUAUAACACAACAUUUAUGUCUACUUAUUCAAUACUCAGUUAUUAUAGGGAUUAACUUACUGUUAAGCUAAUAAGAAAAGGAUGAUACCUGUUGGACAACUUCAGGAAAUCAUCUGUAAAGGUUACAAUAACAUGACAUGGGAGAGAUGGUGUGGCCAGUUGUGUACCAUUGUGUGCAUUACUUGUAGGAUCAUCAUUACUUUGAUGCGUCAUUUUAACUCAUAUAGCAAACUUAAAAGUAUGAACACCACACCACACAUAUUAGCUUCCUAAGUACUUGCAUGUUUUAAGCUUUUAAUUCUGUUUAUUUCAAGUAUGCUCCUACAGUUUUGUUUUUGCAUUGUGACUUAUUGCCGAACUGUAACACAGACUUCUGAACUGGUGAAACCCUUAACUCUCCUGUUAUGUUGCGGGUCAAAUUUAACCCUUUUCAAAAAGUUCAAAAAUCUAAAGAAAAAACAUUUUUAAAGUAUUUUUUUGCUAUGAAACUUCUUCUGCUUGUAAAGAACAUAUACAAUGAAAAUGACUUAUUUCACACAUUUGCAACCCCCUUGCAUGUUUAUAUUACAUAGAUACUGGUUGUGGGUCAAUUUGACCCUGCAGUCAAAGUAGAGACUAAAAGGGGUCAGAAGUAUCAAAUACUAAAUGUUUCUUUGCCUUGUAACAGUUAACACAUGUAAUGUAUGAACUUUUUUGUAUUAACUUUCAAGGAUAAUCCACCUUACAUUAGCGCAGAACUACUAGUGCAUGCCAAACACUUCUUUUUACACUUUAGAUGUGCAGCUUCAUUUUUAAUUAGGAAUUUAAUUGAAGUGUCUAAAUGUCUUAAUUGUUGGUGUUUGAGUGUGGAUUGAUCUAAUAAAGUGUGUUUUUUAUAAAGUCAACCAUUA